CCCUAAUAUACAAAUCAUUCUCUUAACCUACUCCACCCACUAUUCUCUCUCUCUCUUCCUUUUUUCCUAUUUUUUUUAAAAAAGUUUCUUUUUCUUCCUUUUUAGUGCAAAGUUGUAGAUCUACAAGCAACCCCAAAUCUUAAGGGUUACAUCAAAACUUUGGGGAAGAAUAUAAAAGAAGCUUAGAAACCAAAGGGCCAAGAAGAAAAGAAGAGAGAAAGAAAGGAAAGGCCAGCCUCAACAUCCAAUUACGCAUUUUUCUGGUUUUGGAUUUACAAAAUGGCAGGAUGGUCGAAGAGAGUUGAUGGGUCAGGUCUAGAAAGUUUCAGGUCAUCUGAAAAUGACAUUUUUAUCAAUCAUUUGUUAAAAGAAGUUAAUGGGUGUUCAUAUUUUAGGCCAUUUCCUCCAAUGCUUGGUGAUGGGAAAACAGUUGAUUUAUGCAAGCUUUACUUGGUUGUGAGGGAAAAAGGUGGGUAUCAAAGUGUUUGUACUAGUGGGGUUUGGGGUGUUGUAGCUAAAGAGUGUGGGUUUGAUUCUACUUGUGGUUUGGCUUUGAAGUUGGUUUAUGUUAAGUAUUUAGAUGUAUUGGAAAGAACAAUGAUGGGACUUAAGCAAAAUGAUAAUGAAAAGAGUGGUUUGGGUUUUAGUGCUGUUAGGAUGGACCUAGAGCUGGAUUUGAAGGAUGUUUUGAUGAAAAUUUCUGAUGAAAAAAAGAAAGAUGCGGAACAUCCAAAUAUGGAGUUUGAUUCUGCAACUGAUAGAAAGUUGAACAAUGAUAUUGAGGUUCAGGAUGUUGUUGGUUCUAUUAGAUAUUCUGAGAAUUUUGUUGGAAACCGAAGUUUGGACCACAAUGUUUGUAAUGUAAAGGGUGUUGGUGAAGAAACGAGUGUUGUUGAUGCUGAAGACGAUUCAAAGUUUAUGAAUCGAAACGAAGAUGGCCAGCGUGAUACAAAUGACACUGGGUUAAUGAAGUUAAGAGGGGAUGAGGAAGAUUGCGUUAUUAGGAAGAGGAAGUAUACCGAUGAAAAGAUGAGCAUCGUUUGUGAUGAAGAACAGUUGAAGUUUGAGAAUGGAAAUGGAGACGUUCAAUGUGGUAGGGAUGCCAUUGGGUUGACGAAGCUUAGUGGGGAUGAGGUAGAUGACAUUACGAGGCAGAGGAAGCGAGAGUCUUACCUGGACAUGCUUAAGUGGGUUACUGAACUUGCAAAGGAUCCAUGUGAUCCUGCAAUUGGGCAUCUGCCUGAAAAAUCUAAGUGGAAGUCUUAUGGGAAUGAGGUGGUUUGGAAGAAGAUUCUUUUGGUAAGAGAUGAAAUGCUUUUAGAGAGGAAUGUGGAUACAAGUACUCAAUACUCCAUAUGGCAGCAAAAACAGAGAAUGCAUCCAUCUAUGUAUGAUGAUAAUAGUGGGUCUGAGCGGCUAAGGUGCAGCCAAAGGGUCCUAUCUGCAAAAGAGUCUUUGAAAAAUUCAGGUUCUCAUAUUGAUGGGCCUACUGACUCUUCUGCAGAGUCAGGAGUUUGGUGGAACCGUCGGCGUAAGAAAAUAGCAUCAAUUGGGUCAGAGUUUCAAGCGGAUAUUCCAGAAUGGAAAAGUGACAUCUAUGAACCUGACUCUAAAUGGUUGGGCACCCAAAUCUGGCCACUGGAUAAAAAUGAACAGAGCAGAAUGUUAAUUGAAAGAGAUCCUGUUGGGAAAGGAAGGGAAGAUACAUGUGGUUGUCAAUAUCCAGGUUCUUAUGACUGCAUCAGGUUUCACUUUUACGAGAAAACGAGGAAGCUUAAACUUGAGCUAGGAUCCGCCUUUUAUGACUGGAAAUUUAACUACAUGGGUGAAAAGGUUGCACUUUCUUGGACAACAAAAGACGAACAGAAAUUCCACGAUAUAGUGAAGUCGAGCCCUUUGUCUGAGGAUGAGAGUUUCAGUUACUGGCCUGAACUUUUUAAGUGCUUUCCUCACAAAAGUAGGGAAUCUUUGGUAAGCUACUAUUUUAAUGUCUUCCUGCUAAGGCGGAUAGGUCAGCAGAGUAGGAUGAAUGCAAGUGACAUUGACAGCGAUGAUGACGAAUCAGGGUAUGGACCUAGAUCUAUUUGUUUUGGACGGGAUCCUAAGCUCUCCAUCUUGUGUUCCCCGAAGAAAGCACGUCUAGAUCUGAAAUAGUAACCAAAGGUAGAUACCAUCGAUGAUUUUUGUUCAGAAAUGUAAAUUCCAGGAGUCUUCUUUUUCUUUUUUACUUCAGCAUAUUUUGGGUCAGUAGGUAUUGGGGUUUAUGGGAGGUUUACGGAUAUCAAUUUUUGGUCUGCGGUUCUCAAUGUAUACAGUUUACACUCCCUUUAGAGUUACCAGUGCUUGAAACAGAAAGAAUCAAGACUUCUAAGAACACAAACUUGUACUGAGCAGCAAAGUCUUUGAGUUAUAUAUGCAUGCUGCUCUUAUCUAAAAGUUACCAUUGUUCUUUGUUUGAUGA